AGGCCGAUAAAUUCGAUAAGGGCACAAAGGAACAAAUGUGAAAAAUUGUCGCUUUAAAUUGGCAAUUAUAUAUUUAAGUGAAAUAGAUAUAUACGCGCAGAUAUAUGUGCUUGUGUGGCUGAGACUGAAGAUAACAAUGGCCGGUAAAAUGUCUUCCAGUUCGAAUGGGGAGUUAAAGAAACUUUCUGAGGAAAGUUUACUACAGCCCCCGGAAAAGGUUUUCGAUAUUAUGUACAAACUGGGCGAGGGAAGUUACGGGUCCGUCUAUAAGGCGCUCCACAAAGAGAGCUGCUCCAUUGUGGCCAUUAAGCUGGUGCCGGUGGAGUCCGACCUGCACGAGAUCAUAAAGGAGAUAUCAAUUAUGCAACAGUGCGAUUCUCCGUACGUGGUUCGCUACUACGGGUCUUACUUUAAGCAGUGCGAUUUGUGGAUAUGCAUGGAAUACUGCGGGGCGGGCAGCGUUUCCGACAUAAUGCGCCUCCGCAAGAAAACGCUGACAGAGGACGAGAUAGCCACCAUAAUGUCGGACACGCUCAAAGGCCUGGUCUAUCUGCAUCUGCGCCGGAAAAUACAUCGAGAUAUCAAGGCUGCCAACAUACUGCUCAACACGGAAGGCUAUGCCAAGCUGGCCGACUUUGGUGUGGCUGGCCAGCUAACAGACACGAUGGCCAAGCGGAACACGGUCAUAGGAACUCCCUUCUGGAUGGCUCCAGAGGUUAUUGAGGAGAUUGGCUACGAUUGUGUAGCGGAUAUUUGGUCCCUUGGCAUCACAGCCCUUGAAAUGGCUGAGGGAAAGCCCCCCUACGGUGAUAUACAUCCCAUGCGGGCUAUUUUUAUGAUACCUCAGAAGCCACCGCCCUCGUUUCGGGAACCAGACAGAUGGAGCACUGAAUUUAUUGACUUUGUAAGCAAAUGCCUGGUGAAGGCUCCCGAUGAACGUGCCACAGCUACAGAGUUACUGGAGCAUGAAUUCAUCCGGAAUGCCAAGCACCGUACCAUAUUGAAGACCAUGCUGGAGGAGACCUGUGCCAUUCGAGAACAACAGCGGGCCAAUCGGGCUGCUGGCGGAGUGUUGGCCUCUAGUCAGGCCAAGAGUCUUGCCACACAGGAGAACAGUAUGCUACACAACAUGCAAGAGGAAGAAACGGAGUUCAACGGCACGGGCAAGACCUUCAUUGAUGAUCCUGGCACUCUGGUACCUGAAAAAUUCGGUGAAUAUCAGCAAAGCUCCGCUUCAGAUGCAACCAUGAUAUCGCAUCCGGAGCCAGACUUUGACGAAGGCACCUUGGGACCGGGUGGAGUACGAGGUUUGAGCAGGGCAACGGCAACCGGCGCGACUGCUGCGUCUGCAUCAUCACCUCUGGAUGUACCAGCAGUCGAUAGUGGUACGAUGGUGGAGCUGGAGUCAAACUUGGGCACAAUGGUGAUUAACUCUGACUCGGACGAUUCGACAACGGCUAAGCGCAAUGACGAUCAGAAACCUCGCAACCGGUAUCGUCCUCAGUUCCUGGAGCAUUUCGAACGUAAAAAUGGGGGCGAUGGACGGGGCGACGACAAGUCGGCGGCUACAGAGUAUUCCCCAGCGGCAGCCGAGCAGCAGCAGCAGCAACAACAGGAGGAGCAGCAUCUGGCCAGUGGAGCCAACGAUUUAAACAACUGGGAGCACAACAUGGAAAUGCAGUUCCAGCAGAUAUCCGCAAUCAAUCAGUACGGGAUACAGCAACACCAGCAGCAGCAUGUACUUAUGGCCUAUCCACUGAUGAAUGAUCAGCUCAUUGCCAUCAACAAUCAACAGAAUCUUCUGCGCAACAAUGCCACGCCCCUCGCUCAGCAGGGACACCCGGCUGUGGCUGCAGCUCAACCGCCGCCCGCAUAUCAGAAUCAACACAUGCACUCGCAAUCGCACGCAUAUGUGGAGGGUGAAUUUGAGUUCCUUAAGUUUCUUACCUUCGACGAUCUAAAUCAGCGUCUUAGCAACAUUGACCACGAAAUGGAGCUGGAGAUUGAGCAGUUGAAUAAGAAAUACAAUGCCAAGCGGCAGCCCAUUGUGGAUGCCAUGAAUGCAAAGCGCAAACGCCAGCAGAAUAUCAAUAAUAAUCUGAUUAAGAUAUAGAAAAAUCGACUCACAACUUUGCAAGGCAAAUGAAAAUAGAAUUUCAACUCACAAGACCCUUUGCAUUGGGUGCAUUCUUCCAUAUUGAUCAUUCAAUACAUUGUAGAGGGCUCGAAACAAAACGCAAGAUAUAAAAACAAAAGCUUUAUUGUAAAAUGCAGUGAAAACAGGAAAGAAAUGUGGUUAUAAACGUCGUCGGCAAAACAUACA